AUGUCCGUUCCGUUCACGUCCCUCUAUAUCAACGGGAGCGAAUGCCCCGCGAGCUCUCAGGCAAGCUUCGAUGUCUGCAACCCGUUCUCAGGGAAGCUUGUCACGCGAGCAGCCUCUGCGUCCAGCGAGGAUUGCAGAAGGGCAGUCGAUGCAGCUGCAGACGCCUUCAGAACCUGGGAACACUCCCCACUUGGUGUCAGGCGCGACUUCCUGCUGAAGGCGGCCGAUCUCCUAGCAACACCCAAGUACCGUGAGAAGGCCGCUGCUGCGUUGAAGGAGGAGACAAGCGCAGGAGACUUCCUCGUCGAGUUCAACUUGCAAGUCGCAAGGGAAUGGCUGCGCUGUAUCGCGACAUUGGUUGCUGAACUCAAGGGCGAGUCGUUCCAAUCUACGACCCCAGGCGGACAGGUCAUUGCGCAGCGGAGAGCCCAGGGUGUCAUAUUCGCCAUCGCACCCUGGAACGCACCCCUGAUUCUCGCCGUCCGAGCCGUGGGAUACCCCAUCGUUUGCGGUAACACCGUCGUGCUCAAAUGCUCAGAAGUGAGCCCACGGAGUCAACACAUCAUUGCCGAGCUAUUCGCCGAGGCAGGCCUGCCGAAAGGCGUUCUCAACGUGAUACACACCUCAAAAGAGGAUGCACCCGCGCGAACAGCGGAGAUUAUUGCCAAUCCUGCUGUCAAGAAGAUUAACUUCACAGGCAGUGAUCGUAUAGGCAGGAUCAUUGCCGCAGAAGCAGCAAAGCACUUGAAACCUUGCGUCUUCGAACUUGGAGGGAAAGCACCCGUUAUCGUCCUCGAAGAUGCCGAGGUGGAACUCGCCGCCAAAGCCAUCACAUUCUCAGCGCUGCUCUUCUCUGGACAAAUAUGCAUGUCUACCGAACGGGUCAUCGUCCAACGGGGAGUCGCGGGGCGGCUCACUAAGGCGCUGGUCGCAGAAUUCAGCAAGUUCAAGUCCGGGGGUCCGGAAGAGCGCCUUGGAGCACAGUUCUCUGAGGGUUCUGCGGAGAACAUCGUCUCGAUGCUGCGCGAGGCGCAAGAGGAGGGCGCGAAGUUCUUGCUUGGAGAUGGCCAGAGAGUAGGCGCAGUGGUGCAGCCUCACAUCGUGGCUGGCGUCAGACCGGGAAUGCGGCUGUGGGAGAGGGAAAGCUUCGGGCCAGUGAUCACACUGACUGAAGCUGACACAAUUGAUGAGGCAGUUGAGCUAGCAAAUGCGACUGAUUACUCGCUAGUCGCUGCGCUCUGGACAAAAAAUGUCCACAUUGCAAUGGAUGUAUCUAUGCGCGUGAGGACAGGUUGUAUAAGUGUGAACGGUCCUACCGUACACCUAGAGGAUGCUAAAGACCACACUGGGCUAGGUGGGUCGACGGGUUAUGGUCGCUUCAGUGUUAGCGACUUCACGGAUGUGCGCAUGGUCGUUUUGCACGGAGCGAACCCUGCUCCGUAUCCUCUUGUAUAA